UCGUUUACAAUUCCAUAUUCAAGUGAAUCCGCAAGUGUUUGCCGGUCAAAUCUUACCGAUCAUUUCUAAUUUUUUGGCAUAACAAAAGAAAAUUUGCUAUAUUCGAUUAUAUCUUAUCGUUUUGAACAGCGGUCCCAAUUUUAUGCUCUUGAAAGCAUAAUUUUUUUCAAUAUUUUAUUGUGGCAAAAUGCAAAAUAACGUACAGCCUCAGCUCAUAAAGCUCUUCGAUCACAAGUUUGUGGCCAACGUCUUGAAGAACCAUCAUCAUUGUCCCAAGUGUCAUUAUGAGUUUUCCCAUUGGUACGAUGUUCAGGACAAAUAUUCAAAAGAUGUUACUGUCCGAAGUAAUCGUCCCAUUCUUCUACCUUGUGGACACAACCUGUGUGAGAACUGCAUUGUCAAUAACAGGCAAACCCUUAUGUGCAACAUUUGUCUAAAUCCAAUAGAACUGCCAACAGAAAAUAAUGGCCAGUUACAAAAUUUUCAAUUUCGUGAUCAUUUUAAUAUGAACUUCUAUUUAUUGGGCGAAUUGACUAAUCUACGUUACUACAACAAGGAUAAUUCAGCAAACAGCACACUUCUGGCCACUACACAGAUUGACAAUAAUAAAAAAGGUACAAUACAUUGUUCGGAAUGCGAAUUAGUUCCUGCACUGGGCAAAUGCCGUCAAUGUAAACAGUAUUAUUGUCGACGGUGUUUUGAUGAAAUACACAAAUGUGGUAAAACAUUGAAAAUGCAUAAGUUGCAAGUUUUGGAUAAUAGAAUUAAAAGUAAAGAAACGGAGCGUUUUUUGAAGCCAGGUUUCUGCAAAUAUCACAAAAAACCACAUGAUCGUUUCUGUCCAAAAUGUGACUGUACAUGUUGUCCAGAAUGCGCUAAACAUGACCAUAAACAACAUGGCUGGAAAACUAUAAUUGAUGAGAAUAAAAGGCACAAGGAUGGUAUAUCCACUACAUUGCAGAAUGUAAAUAGCUUUCGGAGUGAUGUUAAACGGGCGUUGAAGGAUGUACGAAGUGUCGAGAUUAAACUUGAGGAAUUUGCCACCAAGACCGUUGAAGACAUCGCCGACUACUUCCUAAAACUGCAUAGUUAUCUACAAAACAAGGAAAAGGAAAUUUUGGACAAAUUUGCAGAAAUCUGCCAGCAGCCACAGUUUUUCUUAAGACAAGCCCAUGCCUGCCUGAAUGAAUCCAAUGAUACUCUUAAGGAUAUGCGCGAUAGUUUGGAAUUUUAUGAACGUAAAUUGCCGGCGCUCGUCCAUGUUGGCAAGGUGCUACAAAAAUACAACGAGCAGUUGUAUCAAAUACCUACCCAGGUGGAAAUUACGAACAUACGGACGAACCCAUUCAAUUUUCAAGUGAAAGCAACUGAAUUUCCAGACCUUGAUAAGUACAUUAAAUACAGUUUUGUUGGACCGAAAAUUAAAAUAAAAAUUCGUUGUGCACAAGACGAUUCAAACAUGUCGACCCCUGUUUCCUCCAACAUCAACUCGUCUACCUCUGCUAGCUUCGAUAUUUCAACGACCCACCAGAAUAUUCCACAACCAAGGCCCCAAUCUAAAAUAUCCAAAGAGAAAAGAAAGCAACUAAAGAAUAACUCGAAGCAGGCUUGUAAUGUUGUGGCCAUUGCUUCGGCAAGGAGUUCACCCAUGUCAGUAGAAAGUAGCAGCAGCAUUGCUGAUGAAAACUUAGUCCAUAUUAGCUAUGUAAAAUCCCCUGGACAUUUUUACAUUCAAAGAGUUAGUGAUAUUGAGAAGAUCCGUCAGUUGUCCCAAGCAUACGUUGAUGGAGGGCAAACAAUAAACAUUCCAAAAGAUAUGACCAUCGGCUACUACUACAUGGCUUAUAACAGCGCAGAUAAGCAAUGGUAUCGAGGCAUGUUAAAGAAAAUACUUCCUGAGGAUGAGUACAAAGUUUUUUUGGUUGAUUACGGAAUGGAUUUGACUAUACCUGCAGAUAAAAUUUGCAAUGUCCACGAAUCGCAUAUAAAAAUUCCAUUCGCCGCUGUACGAUGUGCCAUAGCCGAUAUAGUCCCUGCUGGAAAGGAAUGGACCGAGGUCGGGAAAAACUUUCUAUAUGAACUAUUACAAAAUCAGCAUGUCCGAAUGAACGUAAUCGAAAAAAUUAGAAAUGACCACCUUAAAGUUGACCUCCAAACCCCAGUGACAACUUCUGUUCGUGAGUCUUUUUUAUACGCUGGCCUGGCCCGAGAGAGGCCAGGUGCACACAGCUUUAAAAUGUCUAUUAAGAAAGACAUUGCUAAUUUGAAGCUCAGUGAACAAAUUCCACGUACUUAUGUGAUGGCUGGCGAAAUUUUAAUGGUCAAUAUGCUACACGUCGUGGGUCCACACGAAUUUUAUGUUAUAAAGGACGAUUUAACCGAAGAAAAACGAAAGUUUUUGUCUGACCUCAAUUCGUUCUAUGGAGCACAAGAGACACAACGCCAGCAAAUGUAUUUGGCUGAACCUGGCGUGAGUUGCGCUGUAAGCAUUGCCGAUUUUUGGCAUCGAGCCCGAAUUAUAGAGGUAAAAGGAAAUGGAUCACUACUGGUACGACUUGUCGAUGAAGGGCGUACCGAGACAAUUAACUGGCGCCAAGCAUACACGCUAACUGAAAUGUUUCGACAAAAGCGAGAAUAUGCGAUUCGGUGUACAUUGGCCGACAUUGAACCAUUGCAAGAAAAUUCAUACAAUUACACAGCAACUGCAAUUUCUGACUUCAGGCAGAUGACUGUGAACCCAUGCUUGAGAAUGGAAAUUCAGAGCACAUCAGAAGAUCUUAACAGGGUUCUGCUCUAUGUGAGUAAAAAGAACUUGGACAUUAAUAUCGGGGCAGCUUUAGUGAAGAGUAGACAUGGAAUUUCAACAGGCGAAACAACGCAAACCUCGGAUUGUUUUCGAAUGACCAAGAAAUCACAUCGCAUAAGGGAAUUAAUAGUGUCGGAGAAUCUUAAGACUAAUGACUGCUCUUCGAUAACCAGUCUUAAAUCGUCCAAAGAUUUAGAACCACUUCCAGUACAGCGAUCCCAAAUUAUUAUUACCCAUAUUGUCGACCCUGGGGAAUUCUAUAUUCAAUUAUAUAAAUUGAAAAUGGGGACGGACCAAUUUCAUGCCAAAAUUCAAGAAACACUAAAUGAGAAAUUCCACAUUUCUGCUAAUUGUAUCGAUUUACCAACGAGAGAAAACCAAAAAUGGACUAUAGGCAGUCAUUGUUUGGUGUACACCAAAUACAAUAGCACACCAACGGAUCCUCCUACCAACAAAAACUGCGAAUGGUACAGGGGCAUUGUCAUCGAAGCGAAUCACGAGCACGUUUCGGAAACAACUUAUUCGGUGUUUUUACGAGAUAUUGGAGCGACUAUACGUUCAAUAGCUUCCCACCAGUUAUUCUCGAUCGGUGCACAGUUGGAUCGUGUGACAAAUGCAGUUUACCGUUGCCAUUUGGCCGGUAUUUGUCCCGCCGGCAAUGUCAAAACAUGGUCAAAAUCAGCUAUCGAUUGGUUUCGAUAUUCGAUCAAACAAUUUGAAUUACAAUGGGUUUCUAUGAGAGGAAAGCGCUUGGAGGAAACGAAUUCAUUACCAGUCGUAUUGUGGGGCUCCUCAACAGAUACUACGGAUCCUUUGGCACCAUGCAUUAUUAAAUUCACUAAUAUUAGCAAGAUAUUGGUCGAGAAAGGUUUAGCAUAUUCGCCUGGAACUACGGAUACCAUAACCGAACAUUUUCACCAAAUUGAAGGAAUUGACCUAAAAGAAGGUGAAAUAACAAUCCAAAAAUGGUUUAAAUCCCUCGAAGAUGAUAUGACUCUUAACGCUAUUGAUCGCAGGGAACACUGUCGCGGCACUUUAUUCAAUGAACACGCUCACGCAAAUAACCCUGAUGCUAUGGAUGACAUUAUAGACGAUACAAAUAUUUCUGAUGGCCACCCUUUUGAUGUUUAUCUUAACAAUGUCGAUGCUCAGCUAUCUACAGGAAUGGACAGGGCAUCGGUUGCGUGGACAAAGUCCAAAGAUCUUAAUAAGACCUUGUUUGCCGGUUAUCCAACAUAUGUAGACUAUGAUGGCAUUAUAUUUCUACAUGAAGCCGAUGAUAAAGAAUUCUUGACCAAAAUGAGCAAUAUAAUGUCCAAAUUGUUCGCCAAUGUUGAGGAGCCUUCCGCGGAUUAUGUCUACACCGCAGGCCAACCAUGCAUUGCAAAAUAUCACUUGGACUCCAAAAUUUACAGAGCAUAUGUAAAAAAAGAAAAGUCAAAUGACAAAGAAGAAAUCGAAGUCCGAUUCGUCGACUAUGGAGAUGUGGAAAAUGUGGUCCCAAAAGACAUUCGGCCAUACGCUCCAUUUCCAAACAUGCCAUCGCUUGCAAGCAGAUACCAACUUAUUGGAAUCCAACCCAACAACGAAAGUGGUGAAUUCUCAGUCGAUGUUCUGGAUCAAAUGCAUCUUUACAUUGUCGGAAAGUUUGUUUCGGUGCGCCUGUCACCCACAGAACUGACAAUGCCCAUCAAGAAGUGUAAUAUGCGAUUAGGCACCGUUGAUGUUGCCGCCACCUUCAUAGAAAAAGGUUGGGCAGCGGCAGAAACUCUGAUGCCAGGUUUGUCUUCGUUCAAUAACGUCGAAUAUACGAAUGAGCCGAGGAGAAAUCGUCGGAACCCCUUUUCAAAUUCCAACAGUACCGAUUAUGAGGAUUUCGACGCAAAUAAUUUGAAUGAAAACGAAUUCUGUAUAGAAAAUGAAGCUAGCAAUUGGAUGGUAUUGCCGCAAUACAAAGAGGAUAACAUUAGCAAUGUAAUCGAGCAUCUAGACAAACGCCAUGACAAUCUCCUUUCGAAAAUUACUCAAACCGGAAAUGAACACAAGAACAGUUUUGCAAUCCCUCCAACGAAGAAGCGCAUGUUCGAUCACAGUGAUUAUACACAAAUGAUGAACGGAGGAUUAUUACUUGACGUAGAUGAUUUAAGCAAUGUCAGCGGGAAUGAUCAUAAAAUGGUAUCAUUUAGCAUUGCCGAUGACGACGAUGAAGAUGUUGUUGAAAUGAGCCACAAUUUUGCCAUGAAUUAUUGGCAUUCCGCAACAGAUGAUACAAAGAGAAACGAGGAAUAUGACAUAUGCCAACAAUUGGAGCAUCGAAUCUCAUUCCAAGAAGAGGAGGACAUAGAAUCGGAAUAUGAACAUUUUUAUCCGGACGAGACUUCGACAAUUUUUACCCACUUCAGUGGAAUUGAUGUAUUCAAGACACCCCACUUUCCAGGUGCACAGCAACAGUUCAAAUGUCGAGUUAUAAAGAUAAUAUCACCUACUGUACUUCACAUAAUUCCCAUUACAACUGAUUACAAGAAACAAGAUAUUAAUAUGCAGAUUGCUAUUGGUAAAGCAGCCAAAACAGCUAGACCACUCACGAGCUUCAAGCGAUCCACGCCAUGUCUGGCAUGUUAUUCAAAAGACAAAAAGUGGUAUAGAGCCGUUAUUCGCAGUAACAACAAAAUAUCCAAAACUGUCGACGUCUUAUAUGUUGACUAUCUAAAUAGUGAAACCCUUCCUACCAAAUACAUUCGCGAGUGUCCUCCGGAAGUAUUAAGUUGGCCGCAGCGCACGCUUCGUGUUCGUUUGCAUGGUUUAAUCGCAAAUAUGAAAGUUGACGAAUCAGCCAUACGUCUAGCGUUACACAGAACUGUAUCUAAACGAGAUCUUAUCGCUGUUGUCAAGAAGUAUCGAAACUGUCAAACAUCUUCGAUUGAUACAUUAUCUGCUACCAAAAAAUUAAAUGAGAUAUCUUUGUAUGAAUCUGAAUACCACCUAUCAUUACAAAUUCCCAUUUACGAACACCUUAUAAAGUCAAAUUUCUAUUCCAGAUUAUAAUAACUUAAUUAUAUGAAAUGUGUUUUAUAAUUUAUGUUUUCCUUAGAAUGUUACUUUUUAUGCAUUGAUAAGCCUUAAUGAUAAUAUUU